GGUCUAACUAACCGCUAACCAUUUUCCGGGUUCGAGAACCACGAAUCACGAAUUCGCCAUUGAUAACCGACUUCGAGUCAAUUCCCAAUAUCCAUGGCGUCUAGAAUACGGUGAAGAAUCUUCCUGUCAAUUAAGAACUCUUCAUCUCUCCGGAAUAGACAGCCUGGUUAGAGAGAAGCUUUACAAUGUCGGCGUCGGUACCACUUCGUACCUUCGCGCAGCGCAGGGUCUCGUUAAUUCGGCCAAAAGUCCCAAAGAGCGCGCGAAUAGCUUCAUAUUCUUCCUUAAUAUCUACAAACCGACCAAGAUGUACUGCUACGACGUUCUCCCCGCUCGCCUGCUCGACCCUUCGCACCUUCAGCACAACGCGUCCGAGGUACUUCGCUACGGCUGACGAUAGCUUCGACCCCAAGACUGCUGAGCGGGAAAGUGACCAAGUUGAUGUAUGCAUUAUUGGCGGAGGCCCUGCUGGUCUGAGCGCAGCAAUACGUUUGAAGCAACUUGCGAAUGAGAAUGGUAAUGAGGAUUUCAGGGUCCUAUUGCUGGAGAAAGCAGGCGAAAUCGGCGCACAUAUUUUGUCCGGGGCCGUCAUAAAUCCGGUUGCGGUUAAGGAACUGUUUCCCGACUGGCUUGACGAAGCGAAUGAGAAUCGAUUCGAACAUGCGACCCCGGCGGCGGGAGAUAAGAUGAAGUUUUUGACUAAGAGCAGUGCGAUACCUCUGCCAGCCCCACCGCAGAUGCACAACCAUGGCAAUUAUAUCGUCAGUUUAAACCAAUUCACGAAGUGGCUGGGGGAGCGCGCGGAGGAGCUUGGCGUGGAAGUAUACCCCGGGUUCGCUGCGUCCGAGGUGCUUUAUAAGCCUGACGGGUCGGUUCUCGGUGUUGCGACAAAUGAUCUUGGCAUAGGGCGAGAUGGGAAGCCGAAGGAUAGCUUCGAAAGAGGCAUGGAGUUUCACGCCCGAGUUACACUAUUUGCUGAAGGAUGCCACGGCAGCUUGACUAAGCAGGUUAUCAAGAAGUUCGACCUGAGAAGGGAUAGCCAACACCAAACCUACGGUCUAGGGGUAAAGGAGGUUUGGGAGAUCCAACCAGAAAAGUUCCGAAAAGGCGAAAUCGUCCAUUCUAUGGGUUACCCCCUAUCCCUUGACACGUACGGCGGUGGAUUCCUAUAUCACUUCGGAGAUAACCUCGUCAGUCUUGGGCUUGUUGUGGCCCUGGAUUACAAGAAUCCGUGGUUAUCGCCAUAUGGAGAGUUUCAGAAGAUGAAGCAGCACCCGCUCUAUAAAUCUAUAUUGGAAGGUGGCAAAUGCAUUUCUUAUGGGGCAAGGGCUCUCAGUGAAGGUGGUUUCCAGUCGAUCCCCAAGGUUGCUUUUCCCGGCGGUGCAUUGAUUGGUGAUUCUGCUGGCUUCGUCAACGUCCCGCAGGUCAAAGGCACCCAUAACGCUAUGAGAACGGGUAUGCUGGCCGCCGAGUCUGCUUGGACUGCGUUGGCGGAAGGUAACGAAGAGACUGUCUUUUUGUACAACUACGAAGAUUCACUCCGGAAAUCCAGUGUCUGGAAGGAGCUGAAGGAGGUUCGAAACAUGCGUCCCUCAUUCCAAACUCCGUUAGGAACUCUCGGUGGUGUCAUGUACUCCGGCCUAGAGGCGUUCAUCCUUAAGGGCCGUGUUCCCUGGACCCUGAAGCACAGGCAUACCGACCACGGUUCUACCAAGAGCGCCGACUCGUACCCUAAGAUCGAAUAUCCGAAGCCAGAUGGGAAGAUCUCUUUUGACAUCUUGACAAGUGUCUCCAGGACCGGGACGAAUCACGAGGAAGACCAACCUGUUCAUCUCCAAGUUAAGAACUGGGAUGCUCACACCCAAGAAACAUGGCCUAAAUACCAAGGUCUAGAGAAUCGAUUCUGUCCUGCUGGCGUUUAUGAAUAUGUCGAAGAUGAAUCGAAGCCACUUGGUGUGAGAUUCCAGAUUAAUUCCCAAAACUGCAUCCACUGCAAGACAUGCGAUAUCAAGGCACCCCAUCAGGACAUUAACUGGGCUGUGCCACAAGGUGGCGAAGGUCCUAAAUACUACAUGACGUAAGAAAAAAGAAAGAUUGCAUGAGGUCCUCGCAAGAAUGACUUCGAGCGUUUGGGUGAGGCCUGGCCUGAAUUUCUGGAUGGAUGGGGCGUACGAUUCAUGGAUCACGGCGGUAUGGUCGAAUUCAACUUCCCGGUGUAUCAACAGUGUUCAAAUCUAAGGGCGGGGGAACAUACAUAUUAAACUAGACGAGGACACCCGAUAUAAAGAUACCAUAUAUGGAGAAUCAAAAGUCUUUUAUAUAACUAUUGAUAUUAUUGGAUACACCUA